AUGGAAAUCAAUGAGUCAUCUUUGAGCGUGUUUUACCUCAGCAAAUGGUUGGCUUUGGCACCGAUUUCAAUACAACAAAACGCAAAAGGUGUAAACGAGAUAAAACGUAGUUUAAUAUUCUCUAUAUAUGCUAUCGCUUUGGGCCUAAUAAUGGUCAUACUCUGCUACGAAGGCUUACUGUUCGAUGCGAAUUCUAAGGUUCCUUUGCGAAUGAAUUCUUCUACCUCGAGGGUUGUCACUGCGAUGGACGUUACUGUUGUGGUGUUCUCCAGUUUGGCUGGCAUUGGAUGUGGCAUGUUUAGUGUUACGCCUUCACGAGAGCUAAAUUUGCGUUUAAGAAAGUUCGAUGCCGCCUUGCAUUCAUUUUCGAAUUUCAAACGUGACCGGAUCACAACCAGAAUAAUGGCCAUCAUACCGAUGGCUAUAAGCGGAGCACUAAUAGCUUUCGAUAUAUGGACAUGGGUACUACAAAUAGAAAUUUCGCCACACAUGAAUUCAACCGCCAAUGUCAAGUGGUAUAUCCCGUUUUAUUUACUUUACUUCGUUAUGAUUGGUUUCCACAUUUUAUUCGCCAACACGGCAAUUGGACUCGGCAGACGUUUUCGCCGUUUAAAUGUAAUGUUGAGAUGUCAAUACUUGUCUGAGAGCAAGCCAUAUAGCUUAGUGAGAACGCAGAUUAACAGCAUUAAAAUCAUGCCUGACAAAGCGAUGUCACUACACGAAAGUAUAGACCGUUUGAACGCGGAGUCAUUGCCCAAAGACGGUUUGGGCAAAACACGUGUUAUGUUAUUGAGAUCACUUGCCGAAAACCACGAAUCGCUGGGUAAAUGCGUACAGAUAUUUUCAAGCACCUUCGGCAUAGCCGUGCUUUGCAUACUUGUUUCCUGCCUGCUGCACUUGGUUGCCACUUCGUAUUUUCUAUUUCUAGCAUUGUUAAACCCAAAUGUAACCGGUUAUGCGUGGGGUCAGGUGCUGUGGAUUCUUUUACACAUAUUAAGACUGUUGUUGGUGGUUGAGCCGUGCCAUAUGGCAACCCUAGAAUCAAAGAAAACCAUACAAAUUGUUUGUGAGAUCGAGCGUAAAAUGCAUGAGCCUGUGCUAGUUGAAGAGAUUAAAAAGUUCUGGCAACAAUUACUCGUUAUUGAUGUAGAAUUUUCCGCUCUCGGGCUUUGUCGCAUCAACAGAAAUAUACUAACGGCGCUUAGUUCAGCUAUCGCUACAUAUCUGGUUAUACUCAUACAGUUCCAAAAAGCAAGUGGUUGAUGCAUUAUCCUGUUUUCU